UGCCGCCUUAGCUCCGUGCAUCUGCUUCCCCUUGCUUUUUAGAGCACACUUAAGUGCCCUUCGUAAGUCAUUCUUCCAGGAUAUUGGAGUUCGCUGUGAUCCUGCUUGUCAAGCCCUAAGCACAGUGAUUUAGUGGCCGGAUUUAUAUUUUUUAAAUCUGCAGCCAAUUGUGGAACACGCAAGCUUUUAAGAGGAUUUAGAACUUCUAAUUCACUGGUCUGAUUUAUCAUGGGCUUUGCACUUAACAGCAGCUUCCAAAACAAGAAUCCCGUGUUUCUUGUCAGCACAGUCAUCUUGGAGAAGGCUUUCUGAGUGUAGAAAGGGCCAAGACAAAGGCUGGGUUUAUCAGCAGAGAAUUAGAGGAAAGAACGAAGAGGGAGACGAGAGGAGGAAACGGGACGUGGGGAGAACCUGAUUGUAAAAAUGCCCCGAGCAGCUCUGUGUUUAUGUGUCUUUGCCUCGAACCUGUAUUUCGCAGAACCCAUGGCGUCAAAACUGUUAAUUCACUUUGUAAAACCCAGGACUGUAACAGGAUUUGUACUUCUUUGUGCUGACUUAGAUACCGGAAGUGGUUUUUCUACCAUUUGUCAGAUUCAGAGAAAGACUGUCAUCCCCUGAUCCCGAAUUGAGAGAUGCUCAGUGAGCUUCUCUUUGUGCCUCUUAGGGUCUGCGUGCCCGUGCUUACAUGUUCCUGCCACUUCUGCAGAAAGCUCAGACGAACCUGGGGCAACCAGAAAAGCCCGUGUUAGAAAGUCUGUCUUGGGAUCAUGGCCAGCUGAAGCAACUUCUAAUCUGGUCUUGGAAAACUCCUUAUUUCCCUUCUUAUACCCCCAACACACACACCACAUACACAUACACACACACACACGCACACACACGCCACACACCCACAUGCCACACACUGCCGCCAGCAGGACUGCCAUCUUUCCGCUGUGGGCUGACUGAUUAGCACAGCCUCCCCAGGCUCUUGAGGCCCUUUCUUCUGCUCCACAGCAGUUGUUUAUCUGAUGAUCUUGGCUCCAGCCUGUGAUUUCCAAACAGACGAUAACUCUUUUUCCACUGCUGUGACGGGGCACAAAGCGUAGCUUCUCCAACUGAGCCCAAAGGGAGUUUCUGCUCACACCAAGGGAACCCUGACAGUGUGUUACAAACACCGGGGCCUCUCCCACAGCAUCAUCUGCAGUGGCAGCUCCUAGAGCUUUUGGUGGUGGUGGUAAAAUAGCAGCUCAGCCGUCAGUGCCUAGAAACCUCAUGCAGAGUCUUAAAUCUGACCUGUGACUCUAAAGACACCACGCUGCUGAUGGAAGUGACCUGUCACACCCGCCUUAGCACCUCUCUUUCCAGGGGCCGAGUCUGGAGAUAGCCUGCAGAAAUGGUAUCUCUCGAGGGGCAGGGAAAAAAGGAAGAACAGGUCAUCAGCCUUGGGCCUCAGGUGGCUGUGGGAGAGGAUGUAUUGUUGUCUGUUACCUCUUUUCAUGCUUCAGUGAUACUUUGGUCCAUGUCACUGAUCUUUCUGCCAAGGACACUGUCUGUUGUGUGACUGGUGGAGUGAAGGGAAAGGCUGAUCCAGAUGAAUCCUCCCCAUAUGCUGCCAUGUUGGUUUCCUAGGAUGUGGUUCAGGGGUGCAGGGAGUUGAUCAUCACCACCCUACAUAUCAAACUCUGGGCCACAGGAAGAAACAGGACUAAGACCCCUGGACCUGGUGUCCAGUCAGCCCGCGGAGCCAUUGCUCGCUUGGGUAAGAAGAUUGUGAGGACUGAGAAUGUCAACCCCCCAUCCCCUUUGACAGCACCCAAGGAAAGGAUGUUGCCAUGGUUGCAGUCUACAAACAAGACUCAAGUUAUUCUCUGUUAGAAAAUAACUUAUAACGCACUGUCAGGGUCCCCUUGAUGUGGGCAGUAAUUUGUACAAAUUGCUUUUGUGUCAGCUGAAAAGGAAAAAGAGAAAAAAACUGCCAACUGCUGCUAAGCAGCACCUCCCAGAAAGCCGUGCUUCCUGCAGCACAGCAGGUUGGACCUUCUGGCCUGGAGCCGAGGAGCCAUAGGCUGAGGGCAUUGGAGAGGUGAUGAUGUGGCAGAGACAGCAGGACAAGGUCGGAGGCCAUGCCAUGGGCAGACGGGCUGGGGUGAAGAACAGCCCAGAUGCUAGGAGAACAGCCUGGCCUGGCCGACUCAUUCUCUGAGAGGUGAAAGGUGAGAACUGUGAAACGGGAGACUUAGCGUCAGACUUCGGAAGUAAUCUGGGCUUUGUUCGUUUCUAGCUUGUGCUCAUGGACCGUCCAGUUUAAUCUCUAUGAAGUGGAGCUAGUGGCUCACAGAAUUGUACAGAUUAAAUGACAUAAUACCGUGUAUGCGACGCGGAAGAAGAAGAAUGGCACCACACGCUCAGCCAGCACUCCUGAGGGCGAGGUGCCUACCUAUAAGUAUAACAUGAACUUUGAGAAGGUGGGCAAGUGCAUCAUAAUAAACAACAAGAACUUCGACAAAGUGACAGGCAUGGGCAUCCGAAAUGGAACGGACAAAGAUGCUGCAGCCCUUUUCAAGUGCUUCCGUAGCCUGGGUUUUGACGUGGUUGUUCAUAAUGACUGCACCUGUGCCAAGAUGCAAGAUCUGCUUAAACGAGCUUCUGAGGAAGACCAUACGAAUUCAGCCUGCUUCGCCUGCAUCUUGUUAAGCCAUGGAGAAGAAAAUUGUAUUUAUGGAAGAGAUGGUGUGACACCAAUAAAGGAUUUGACGGUCCACUUUCGGGGUGAUCGAUGCAAAACCCUUUUAGAGAAACCCAAACUCUUUUUCAUUCAGGCUUGCCGAGGCACGGAGCUUGAUGAUGGGGUCCAGGCUGACUCGGGGCCCAUCAGUGACACCGAUGCUAGCCCCCGCUAUAAGGUCCCGGUCGAAGCUGACUUUCUCUUCGCUUACUCCACGGUCCCAGGCUAUUACUCUUGGAGGAACCCAGGAAGAGGUUCCUGGUUUGUGCAGGCUCUCUGCUCCAUCCUGGAGGAACAUGGCAAAGAGCUGGAGCUCAUGCAGAUCCUUACUAGGGUGAACUACAGAGUAGCCAGACACUUUGAGUCCCAGUCGGAUGACCCUCAUUUCAACGAGAAGAAGCAGAUCCCAUGUGUGGUCUCCAUGCUCACCAAAGAACUGCACUUCCGCAAGUAACCGUUCCUGCUGGCUGAGAAGCCAGGGAUUGCUUGUGGAUGAGUCAGAUCGUUAGUAUCAUUAUUAUUACUAUUUUAUUUUUAUUAUUAUUAUUAUUAUGAUGCUCUUGAAAUACCCAGAAAUGUUACGAGAUUUUAAUUUCAGGAAAAUGUAUUGAUUCAGCAGGGAAGAAACAUUCUGGUGCUGACGGAUGGUCUCCGAAUUUUCAGAGACUUCUUUUUUACAAUGUUACUCAUUUGAUGACUUUGUAAUUUCCUCUUAAGGUUAAUUUUUCUGUUUGUAUUUCUUUUACUUUGUUCAUUGCACUCAGUACACGCAACAGAAAUGACCUCUGGAGAAAGUUCUCAGCCAUGUCCACUGGAAUUAAUGGUGACAUUGGUGGAAUAGGGUUCUGUUUGCACUUGGAACAAUAAAUCUCGGCCCUUGACAAAAAAUAGCUGAAGAGAUAGACGCUGGCCUGUGUUGCAGAAAUGGGAUUGUAUGCUCUGAGUGAUUUUUCGUUGGUUUAGGGCAGAUUUUUAUGCAAGCCUUGCCAGGUAAGAGAGGAGAAAAAAAAUCUGAUGACUCUAGUAUGUAUCAGUGAGGGUUCAGUCCCCAAACCGGAAGUUAUUCUAGGUGUUAGUAUAGGAAAUUAAGUUAAUAGAAGAUAAAGUAAUGAAGCCAAACAGCAGAAGACUGUUACCACACCUGGGACUUGAGGACAGUCGGAAGAGGUGUGGCUUCCUGGGGCAGAGGCUGGGAUCAGCCACAGAAACUGGGAUGCCAGUGGGGACUCCCUGCUGGGAGCUGGGAGCAUUGAGGGGCUGUGGAAAAUGGAGCCGUGGCUGAGGCAAAGCCACUGGCUGAGAUGGUGACAGUGCCAGAGCUGAGUCAGACACCGAGAAACCCCCUGGCCUGCGUCUCCUGUCCUAUGUCUUCCACCAGCAUCUGACCAUUCCAUCCUGGAAGCUAGCUGGCCAGAACCCUGGGAGAUGUGGCUUCCUCUGAUACAGCGUGCAGAGCAGGGGAUAGUGAGGCCACAGAACAGCAAAGAGUGGAUAGAAGCCUGGCCUAUAAUGUGAACAUAUUCCUUGGUGUUCAGCAGUUCAUCCAAACAUGUAUUCAUUAAGUUGUCAGAUAGUCUACCUAUGUGCAAAAAAAUGUUUCUGCUUUAUGUGCAAGAUGGUCUGUGAUAGCUUUAAAAUCUACUUAGAAGUUUUCAAAUUAUUCCAGAUAUUAUUCUCAGUAAAUUUUUUUGUUACCUCUAAUUUUGUGAGGAAGUUUAUAGCGAAGAUUUGGGGCACUUUGUUUUCAGGAUGGUAAUAUCUUUUGAAUUCUUUAUAUAUUACUGUAUUUUCCUGCCUAAUAACUGGUUAACACAUGUUCACAUUUAUUGAUUAAAAUGUGACUGCUUAAUUCCUAA